GUAAAUAUUCGCAUAUUUAUUGAUUCUAAUUAUACACACGGGAAGACGUCUUAUGUAACACUUCAAGAUUGGUGUAAAAAAUUGUAUAAAAUAUGUUAAUUAUAUGUGUAUGCAAAUAUGCCAUAUUAAAUAAGGGAAAAUUAUUCCGACUAUUCUUUUUAAUUAUGAAAAAUAUGUUCAUAGUGAUAAGAAUACAAUUAAUUUCUUUUCCUAUUAGUUCUUUUUGUUCAGACUGUUUCAUAUACACAUUCCAUUGCGUCUCUACAAUUCUUUCUUUAAGGUUAUCUUUUACCAAGCGUAAAUAAGUAUUAUUUAACAAUUUUACUAAAUUGAGAUUUAUCAUUCACAACAAAUGUACCGUACGGCCACUUUAUCAUUAAUCAAUGGUUUGCAUUGUAAUGUAAAACUUGCAACUCGGUACUUAUCUUUAAACUUAAGCACUGCAGAAAAAUGGAAUUUAUAUGCCGGUGUCCUCGUCGAGCGUUUGCCCGUCGUCUCCAAAGAAUUAAAUGCUCUCGAAAAAGAAUUCAAAGAAUACUUAUUGCGGGUAGAAUUCGAAAAAAGUUUAAAGUCUAAUCAUGAAGUGCAACAUGAACGUGAUCUAAAGCAGGCCGAACUUUUGAAAGAAGGCAAUGUAGGAUUAGAUUUAGAUGAAAUCGUCGCUAAGCAAACGGCGCAAGAUUUAAAAGAUGCUUACACGGAAGAAUUCAAACAAUUUAAAUUGGCCUCCCGUAAGACGAUUGAUGACAAAGCCAAUAACGAGACGUCGACAAAUCGCUGUUUGGAGGACACGUUAUAUUUAUUGAUUAGCCAAAAACUGGGUAAAGAUGAAUACUUUCUUUUACCUCAGGGUCCACGGGUUGAGGGCGAAACUAUGAGACAAGCUGCCGAACGCGUGUUGCGUGAGAAAUGCGGUAAUCAAAUGAAAGUGUGCUUUUAUGGAAAUGCGCCUUGCGGUUUUCACAAAUACAAAUAUCCCAUAACUAUGCGAGAUCAAACUAUAGGAGCUAAGGUGUUCUUUUAUCGAGCUUCCUUGUUAGCGGGCAAUGUAGACAAAAAUGUAACCGGAAAAUAUGGAUGGAUAAGAACAGACGCUCUAGAAGGGAAACUAAAUAAUUUUUCUUAUUUGCGAAGUGUUCAAAAGAUAAUUUUUUAAAUAAAAUGUAGGCGGAAAUGUGAAUUGGAAGUGCGUUUUUGUGCGGUGAUAAUUCUCUAGAACGAAAAAUUUUGAGACGAACUAGAAAAAGUUGUGCGCCCAUCCACCAAUAAUAGCAAAAACAACAUGAUUUAGACCUUUUCAUGAACAUAUUAAAAGAAAAAUCGAAUUCUACAUUAAAAUAAUCUUUUGGACCACUUUUCAUCCAAAGAUGGAUAGAGAUGUCUGUCAUAUUAGUCAUACAUAUACAAGUCACUGACCCGAUCCAAAUCUUUUGAAUGGAUUUGGCAUAUCAAAAUAAAAUUACUUCGCGAUUUUCGUUGAAAACUUUUUUUCAAAAUAUGUCUUUAUAUGGAGAAUGGACGUAAAAUCGAUUUGCGCAAAGGUUCGCUUUUGGGACAAAAGUUUUGCAUUGCAUAAAAUUUCGUCGAUACAUCUCAAAAGCAGUGAUAUAAAUGUUGAUCACAAGUGCCAUAGAGAGGUAUAAUGCAGCUUAAGUCCAUUUGCCG